UGAGGCUUUAGAUAAUGACAUGCUGGCUUCACCUCCAAGAUGCUACAGUCCUGAUUUGCAAAGAGACCUUGUGGAUGUUUUGAAUGAAUUCAGGGGGGACAAUAUAGACCUGACCACACAUGUCACUGUCGUGGCCCGCCGGAGAAGAGUUUUACAUAGUGCAUGUGUUGCUCUUCAGAAAUCCUACUUUGAAUGGCAUAAAACACCAAAUAUUGAAUUUGUUGGUGAAAUGGCCGAAGAUUAUGGUGGACCACGUCGUGAGUUUUUCAGAAUUCUCAUGAGCGAAGUACAAUCCUCCCUUGGCAUUUUUGAGGGGAAACCUGGAAACGUCCUCUUUUCAUACAAUCAGGACGCACUGCAGCAGAAUAAAUUCUACACAGCAGGAAAGCUGACUGCAUGGUCCAUUCUUCACAAUGGACCUGGGAUUAAAUGCCUUAAUCAUCACCUUUUCGAAAUGAUGUGUGGUCGGAGUCAGACCAUAGACCUAAGCACAUUUGAACUAGAAACUUUACAUGACACAGAUAUACAACAUCGACUGGAAAAGAUUUUACCAUGCAAGACCACAGCGGAGAUGUUGGAGGUCAAAAUGGAACUGGGGGACUGGAUUGCUGAAUGUGGGAUCCCCAACAUAUAUUCUGCAUCACUUGCUGAUUUCCCUGCUAUCUACCAACAAAUAAUCACCCACUACAUGUACCACAGGGUUUCCAGCAUGAUACAGCAGUUCAUCGCCGGAAUGAAUGCUUGUGGCAACAUGUGGCAAGUUGUGCAGAAAAACUGGGAAACGUUUGCACCACUCUUCACUCACACAUCUAAAAAGCUGUCACGGAAUGAUGUGCGAGGACUCUUUGACAUUAAAUGGAGUUUGCAAGGCAGCAACAAAAGAGACCAAGAGGAGGACACCAUCUUUCUUUGGGAGUGGUGGUUGAUGUCAAUUGAAAAUAACGAGCUAGAUGUUACUUUGGAGGACCUACUCAUCUUUGUUACCGGAGCAGAUUCUGUGCCCCCACUGGGUUUUCCACACAACUGUGAAAUACAAUUUUAUGAUCAAGAACCUGGAAGCCAGCGAUUUCCAUUCUCUUCCACCUGUGCCCUCAUUUUGUAUCUGCCAAGAGGCAUUACAGAAGAGGCCAUUUUUAAAGACUUAAUGCAGAUGUCCAUUAAAGGUUCUGUGGGCUUUGGAAAAGUCUGAUUAGCUUUCCCGAGGCAAUAAUGCAUGUAGUCUACGGCAAAAUGUGUCAUAAUGUCUAUGAAGACAUGUCGUUGUCCUUUCAGGUAUUCUUUAUUUUUUAUUUUUUAUAUGGUUUCUCUGUUCCAGUGGCAGGAAAGAGUGCAUGUUCCUGAUACAGUGUUUGAACUAGAGCAAAAUUGUUUGCAGCAACUCUUGGUGAGGACAGAGGUUCGCUGGGAAUACCCAUACUCCAAAGAGUUCUGGCUUUACUGAGGCUAUGGCAAAAUGUGUCAAUGUCUAUGAAGACAUGUGGUUGUCCCUUUCAGGUAUUUUUUUUUUUUUUUUUUUCAUAUGGUUUCUCUGGGAGAAAAUUGUUGUUCUGCAGUUUAUUUGACCAUAAAUGUGUUUAAUUGUAACCUGGCUUGUCCGUACUUUUAUUUUAUGUUGUUUUACUUAUAUUAAGCAUUAGAGACUUCAUCUAGGCUACAGCUGGUUAAAUAAAUGUAUGCAACUGAGGAAAAGAAAA